CUCCCCCUGGUUCCAGGGGGUUAUCACACAAACCCCUCCACCGCUCCCCUGCCCACCAGAAACAGCAGUCUGUAACACAGCCCAGCCUGCUCUCUGUGCAUUCACGUUCAAGGCAACACAGGAUACACACUCACACACACACUCGCUCACUUAAUCAUAUCUCAAACUGGAGUCGGAGUGAGGAAGCAGAAUGUCAGGAAAGGAAGCGCUGAAGCCAGUGGGAAAGCAGAGUUUGCCUCAGGUCUGUGGAGUUCCUUUCUGAAGAGUGGAAGCUUAACUUUACAACAGCGGGCGUGUACCUGAAGAUUUUUUUUUCUGGUUUGCCUUUUUGCAAAUUGACCAGAAAACUCAAAAGGUCUCUGAGUCCCAUCAUCUGCUGCCGUCAUUGAACUGCAGGAGGACACAUCAUCAGGUUUAUACCACACAUUCAGACCACUAAGAAGAUGAGUCUGUCUCUGAACGGGACGCUGGAGAAGACGAUGUCCGAGACGGCCCCCUCUGAGCCACGCUCCCCCUCCAGAGUGGGGUCAGGGGUCGUGGUGCCGCCUCCGUACUCGCUGGGCGGCAGCGAGGUUGCUGAUUCCCCCCUGGAGCUGAGGGGCUCUCUGGACUGCUGGGCCUGCUCUGUGCUGGUCACUGCCCAGAAUCUCAUCAUCGCCCUGAUCAACGGCGUGCUGGCCUCCAUCGUGUUCGGCACCAUCCUCACCCCUGCUCUGACUAUGGUCAUAUUCGGCUUCCUCUGCCACUCCACGGUGCAGCCCCAUGGAACAUCUCUGUACUGCUCAGACGUGCUGGAUGACGGCGGCUGCGUGGCCCUGCUGGUUGUGGGUUUCCUGCUGCUCACCCCUCUGCUGGUCCUGGCCCUGGCGGCCUACUGUCGCCUGGCCCGACACCUCCAGCUGGGCAUGUGCUUCAUCCCCUACAGCCGUGCCGUCUACAAGAACCUGCCCGUCCAUCGCCACCGGAAGUCUGACGGGGGAGGCUGCUGUGGUCAGCAGGGGGCUUCAGACAGGGAGGGAAAGGGCAGCAUAUGGGUGUAGGGGAGGAGGGGAGAAGAAAGGGGAGGAGCGGAGAGGAGGAAUGUCUAAAUGAUUGUAAGAUGUAUCCAUUGAGUCAUUUUGUUUGAGUUUAGCUUUUUUUUUCGAAUGCAAAUUGCCACUGUACCUCUAUACAGCCAUUGUAAAAAUCCAUAAUCAUUUAAAGUGAUUGUUUGGAAUUCGAUAUUGCCUUUGUAUACUUUUCCACAUGUAUUUUUUAUACUUUUUAAAACAGUGUUGGUUGACCUGCGAGCUGAAUUUUGUGUUUUUCCUUCAAAAUACAUCAAUAUAAAGUGCACUGAACAGAUUUAAUAAACACAAUAAGUGUGCACA